UUUUUGCCUCACUCCAACGGAUUGCAUAUUGUUGGUAGUUCAGCAUUUGGGGAAAGUGGAGCAUUGAAGCUGUUUUGGUUGCUAACAGCUUUCCAACAGCUAACUAAAAUAGUUUUACGGACUUGUAAGUGAAAAUAAUUCUUCGAAAAUUUCUAUUUUGGUUCUUUGAAAUGUUUGUUGAAACAUGUAUAGCACCUGUAAACAUAGCCCUAAUCAAGUAUUGGGGCAAGCGGGAUGAAGAUCUCAUACUUCCCAUUAACGACUCGCUCAGCGUGACCCUUAGCACCGAUGAGAUGUGUGCAAAGACAACAAUUGCUGCCUCAGCUUCCUUUAAGUGUCACCUUAUGUGGCUGAACGGUGAAGAGGUGCCAUUUGAGGAGAAUCCACGUACCAUGCGUUGUUUGAAGGAGAUACAGCGACUCGCAGUUGCAAAAGGACAACUAAAAUUCCCCAUUGACUGGAAGUUACACAUAGCCUCCCGGAACAACUUUCCUACAGCGGCUGGCUUGGCCUCCAGUGCUGCUGGUUACGCAUGUUUAGUAUAUACGUUGGCUGGUCUCUACGGCGUUGAAAAUGAAGAAUUGACGGCAAUAGCACGUCAAGGCAGUGGAUCUGCAUGUCGUAGUCUACAUGGUGGCUUUGUACGCUGGCACUCAGGCAAACUCAAGGAUGGUAGUGAUUCCAUUGCACUGCCUGUCGAGCCUGCUGAACAUUGGCCCGAAUUACAUAUUCUCAUAUUAGUAGUAAACGACGCACGUAAGAAGACUAGUUCGACCAAAGGUAUGCAACGUGCUGUGGAAACAUCAGAUCUGAUCGCACAUCGUGCUCGUUUCUGUGUGCCUGAGCGUAUAGCAGCAUUGGUUGAGGCAAUAAGAAAACGAGAUUUUCAAAAGCUUGCAGAGAUAACCAUGCGUGAUUCGAAUCAAUUUCAUGCCAUUGCUUUGGAUACGUAUCCGCCAUGUGUGUACAUGAAUGAUGUGUCGCAUGCAAUCGCAGAGUUUGUACACGCCUAUAAUAACGCAGCUGGUGAGGCAAAGCUUGCUUAUACCUUUGAUGCAGGUCCAAAUGCCUGCCUUUAUUUGCUGAAAUCAGAUGUAAGUGCUGCGAUAGCCGCAAUUCAAACGAGCUUUCCCAACGAUAUGGGUCACAGUGUGGAAUAUGUUAAGGGCAUACCAGUUGGAUGCGAAACUAAGGAGAAGAACGGGUUCAAUGGAAAUGCCACUUUACCUAUUCAUGACAAGAAUCUUCUUAAGUAUAUAAUCCAUACACGUAUAGGGAAGGGUCCACAACGUCUCGAUAAAGACGAAAGUCUUUUAGAUUUAACUCAGGGUUCACCAAUUGAAACUUAAUAUUUUCAUUUGGCCUUUAUUAAUUUUCGCAGGGGCAAUAGCAGUGCAUAAUUGUGACAAUAAGAGUCUAUAGACUUCCAUAUUUGUAGUUUUGUAUCUUAAUAAUGGUGCAUUAGUAAAUAGUGUGCUUGACAAUAUCUUUAACUUAAAGAAUAUUGAAAUACGACUAAAAUAGUGUUAUAUAAAUAUUACUUGUUUAGUUGGGGCAAUAAAUCAUAUGAAAACUUUUUUUGACAUCUGGUUCAGGUAGUGACUAAUCAGAGCUAUUUAUAACGUUUUAUAUAAACAAAUAUUUACAUUUGUAUGUAAUUAGCAUUUGGUGCUUUUUUUAAUGGAAUCUUGCUUCAGUUUUAAAAAUAAAAUGCGUUGGAAAUAGCUUUGUAAUAAAAAGAAAUAAAUAAUGUCAAAUAAAAAUAUUGGUUGA